AUGGUCCGCUUCCUAGCAGACACUCGGAAAGCACCAGUGCAAAACAAACCUCUUCUCGUGAUUGGCGCAGGUCUACCCCGGACAGCAACCUCAUCACUCCAAGCCGCAUUAGAAGAUCUAGGCUUCGGACCAUGUCUGCACAUGGCACACAUAAUCCCCCAUGCAGAGCGCCAACAACUCCUCAUAGAUGCGUCACGUGAGAAAGAUACAGAAAAGCGACACAAGCAAAUCCAUGAGCUGGUCGAUGGACAUGGUGCUGUCGUCGAUAUGCCGGCGAUCUUCUUCCUCGAGGACCUCAUGCAUCUGUAUCCCGACGCGAAGAUCGUGUUGAGCAGCCGGCCAGAUCCGGAGAUCUGGGCACAGAGUGCCAGUGAUAGUCUGAGGUUUUUCUUCACGAAGCGAUUUUAUUGGACUGGUCUUUUGUGGAGGACCGAUCGUUUGUGGUAUAAGUUGAAUUUGCGGAUUGUUGAGUGGUGCCGGGAACGGAUUGGCGAAGGUGAUAUAUUCACGGCUUCUUCUGCGGUGAAGUAUAAUGAGCAGGUUAGGGAGCUUGUGGCAGCUAGGGGUGGUGAGAUUUUGGAAUUCCGCGCGGAGGAUGGCUGGGCACCGCUGUGUAGGUAUCUUGGUAAAGAGGUCCCUGAUAAGCCGUUUCCCAAAGUCAACGAGAAGGCGACGUUUGCGCUGAUCAAGAGAAUUCUGAUUGCGAAAGGGUUGAUCAGUUGGGCUGCACUUGGAGGUGUGCUGUGGCUCGGGUGGACUUGCGUUCCAAGGGGCUUGAUAUAG